CGCCGUGAAUCAUCCUCGGGAUUCAUGUGGCUCUAAUGUGGGCUGGUUACACCGCGUCAUGUGACUUGACAGGAAAAAGCAGCGAUGGGGAAAAGCUAAGGAAGGGAACUGCCCUGGCAGUGGCAUCGUCUUUACCCAGAGUGCUUGUGGAAUGGCAGCAGUUUGGCAGCAGGUUUUGGCAGUGGACGCAAGGUACAAUGCUUACCGCACGCCUACGUUCCCACAGUUCCGAACUCAGUACAUCCGCCGACGCAGCCAGCUGCUCAGAGAGAACGCCAAGUGUGGCUUUGAGCCAGGGCUGCGCAGGCAGUACCUGAGGCUGCGCAGUCAGCUGCUGGCCCUGCGCUACGGGCCCCUGUCUGAGCAGAGCAGCUUCAGGGCCAGCAGUGUGCGCAGCUCCCGCACCACACUGGACCGCAUGGAGGACUUUGAGGAGGACCCCCGCGCCCAAGGGGCUCGUGGUCACCGCCGGUCCGUCAGCAGAGGCUCCUACCAGCUACAGGCCCAGAUGAACAGAGCCGUCUAUGAUGAGAGGCCUCCGGGCAGUUUGGUGCCCACCUCAGUGGCAGAGGCCAGUCGUGCCAUGGCAGGGGACACAACUUUAAGUGAAAAUUAUGCUUUUGCUGGCAUGCACCACAUAUUUGACCAACACGUAGACUCUGCUGUUCCACGGCUGCAGUUUGCCAAUGAUGACAAGCACCUCCUUGCUUGCUGCUCACUGGAUGGCACCCUGUCCAUCAUGACGUUGUCCCCGCCUCCUCCCAGUGUGAAGGUGACACUAAAAGGUCACGGGGGUCCCGUCACAGACUUUGCUUGGUCUCUGAGCAAUGACAUCAUUGUGUCAACAUCACUGGAUGGGACUCUACGUAUCUGGAACACAGAGGAUGGUCGUUGCAUCCGGGAGGUCAGAGACCCAGAAUCCAGCGAGUUGCUCUGCUGCACUUUCCAGCCCAUGAAUAACAAUCUCACUGUGGUGGGAAACAGCAAGCACCACCUGCAGGUGGUGAACAUCUCCACUGGGAAGAAGGUAAAGGGAGGCUCCAGUAAGCUUACAGGCCGCGUGCUGUCUCUCUCCUUUGAUGCUCCAGGCAGGAUCCUUUGGGCUGGCGAUGACAGGGGGAGCAUCUUCUCCUUCCUCUUUGACAUGGCAACAGGGAAGCUGACCAAAGCCAAGCGUCUGGUGGUGAACGAAGGCAGCUCCAUCUGUAGCAUAUCUGCUCGGUCCUGGAUUAGCCGAGAGGCCAGAGACCCCUCCCUGCUGGUCAACGCUUGUGUCAAUAAGCUGCUGCUGUACAGGGUGGUGGACAAUGAGGGCACGCUACAGCUGAAGAGGAGCUUCCCUAUCCAGCAUGGUUCCCAGCUCGUUCAUAGCAUCUUCUGCCCCCUCAUGUCUUUCAGACAGGGGGCCUGUGUCGUGACUGGCAGCGAAGAUGCCUGUGUCUACUUCUUCGACGUCGAACGUAACACCAAGGCGAUAGUGAACAAGCUGCAGGGCCACGGGGGACCAGUGCUGGACGUCAGCUUCAACUGUGACGAGAGUUUACUGGCAUCUGCUGAUUCCACCGGCAUGGUCAUCAUCUGGAGGCGGGAGCAAAAGUGACUGAUCCACCGAUGAAAGGCUUCCAUCCACUGCAUACUAAAGGCCUGCCGCUCCUUAACCGUCCAACGACAAGUCUGUAGAUUUUCACUGGAAUGUAACAGGCUGCAUUAAACGUUUAAUGUAAUGAUACUCAAGUGCAAUCAGAUAGAACACCAUGAUGUGUAGGUGGUAGGGAUAUCUUAGAGAUUCAAGGGGUGGGUGGGGGAGGGGUUGUG